UCUGUAGAAUAAGAAGCUCUACUUGGACAUUAUUCACACAUACAUGGAAGUUCAUGCGACUGUUUACGGCUCCAGCACGAAGAAUAUUCCCAGUUAUGUGAAAAACCAUGGUAUCCUCAGUGGACGGGACCUGCAGUUUCUUCUCCGAGAAACCAAGUUGUUCGUUGGACUUGGGUUCCCCUAUGAGGGCCCGGCUCCCUUGGAGGCUAUCGCAAAUGGAUGCGCUUUUCUGAAUCCCAAGUUCAAUCCACCCAAGAGCAGCAAAAACACAGACUUUUUCAUUGGCAAGCCAACUCUGAGAGAGCUCACAUCCCAGCAUCCUUACGCUGAAGUUUUCAUUGGUCGGCCCCACGUUUGGACUGUUGACCUCAACAAUCAGGAGGAAGUAGAGGAUGCAGUGAAAGCAAUUUUAAAUCAGAAGAUUGAGCCGUACAUGCCAUAUGAAUUCACAUGUGAAGGGAUGCUGCAGAGAAUCAACGCUUUCAUUGAAAAACAGGACUUCUGCCAUGGGCAAGUGAUGUGGCCACCCCUCAGUGCCCUGCAGGUAAAGCUUGCAGAACCCGGCCAGUCCUGCAAGCAGGUGUGCCAGGAGAACCAGCUCAUCUGUGAGCCUUCUUUCUUCCAGCACCUCAACAAGGACAAGGACAUGCUGAAGUAUGAGGUGACCUGCCACAGCUCAGAGCUGGCCAAGGACAUCCUGGUGCCCUCCUUCGACCCUAAGAACAAGCACUGUGUGUUCCAAGGUGACCUCCUGCUCUUCAGCUGUGCGGGCGCCCACCCCAGGCACCAGAGGAUCUGCCCCUGCCGGGACUUCAUCAAGGGCCAGGUGGCCCUCUGCAAAGACUGCCUAUAGCAGCCACCUGCCCAGCCCCACAGUCAUUGUGGUGGGGAGGUUGGCGGCUCCAGUCCCAUCGGGCAGGGCUGGGGGCAGAAGUCAUGCAGGGACUCUGGCCAGAGCCCUGAACAUUUUGGUGGAAGGUUUCAAUUUGGCAUUGCUCCUGCUGCGGUCAGAGCAUCGCAGCGGAGUUUUCACCACAACACAGUGAGAGCAGAUGUCAGGCCGGGAGUCUGGCUUCUCCCUGGCACAAUGUCAUUUCUAUUUUUUGAGGAGCAACUGUGGGGAGACUCUGUCAAGGCAGCUGCUCCAGGGUAAAAAGAAAUACUCAAGAUUCAUUUAA